CAAAAGCACAUCAACUACUGUUUCCAUUUAUAAUACUCUCGUGACUCCGACCCCCUUCUCUCUCUCCACUGUCCGGCUCUCCCCUUUACGAGUUUUUCAGAUGAACUGUUUCAUGUAAUCAUUGAGGAGCUCAAUGUAAUGUUCAUGUAGACCUUAUUCAGUUUAUCAUGUCAUUUAAGCUAAAUGACGAUUGAUAUGCAACCGUCUAUGGCACAAAGUGUGGGAACUAGUAGGUCUUCCUUUAGCUCUAGCAAUGGUAUUGAGGAUACUCCUUUGCACAACUCUGCUGCCAUUUCAAAUGCGGAUGAUUACGACAGUGAUACUUCUAAUUUUGCACCACCUACACCACCGACCCUUUCAAUGGCUAUUCCAGAUGAACUUGCUGGUGCUAUACCUGUGCUUAAUAGAUUCCAGGUGGAGGGAUUUUUAAGGUUGAUGCAGAAACAGAUUCAGUCUGCUGGAAAACGUGGGUUUUUUUCUAAAAAAUCUGUAGGCCCACAAGUUCGGGAAAGAUUCACAUUUGAGGAUAUGCUAUGUUUCCAAAAGGGUGGGGUUACUGUUCGAAUGGCAGAUGUUGCUGGAAAUGUACUGCUGGUAACAAUAGAGGGCGACGAUGCAUGCCUUGUCAACAUCGAUGAGGUACACUUGCUUUUUUCAGCUUUUGGAUUUGUGCAAAAGAUUAUAACCUUUGAGAAAGCCGGAUUCCAGGUGCUGGUACAAUUUUCAGAUACAGAGACAGCCUCUUCGGCGAAGAAUGCCCGUGAUGGAAGAAGAAUUCCUAGUUAUCUUCUUCCUGAUGAUGUGGGACCAUGUACUACUAGGAUCACAUAUUCUGCCCACACAGAUUUGAGCGUGAAAUUCCAGAGCCACCAGAGCAGGGACUACACUGGUGCUCACCUUCCUAUUGCUCCAUCAGCCAUUGACGGAAGUGGUCAGGUCAGGCUUUGGGAAUUGACACCUCAUUCGUCAGAUAGGCUUCUACUCUAGGUGGCACUCGGACAAUUCUGUAGGCAUUUUAGUGAUGGGCAAAGGUGUUGAACAGAGUGCUGAUUCUUGAUUUUCACAUAAGAGUCUUCCUAUGUCAAAUAUUACUAUUAUUCAAUGUUAAUUCCUUUCAAUGGUCA